CGCAUUUCCUGUACCAGGGAACCCACGAGUGCUACUUCCAGUCCAACCGGAGCGAGGCCGGAUCGGGGCCACCUUCUCCUCCUCCUCCGCGGGUGCGCUUCCUCGAGCGCUACUUCUACGACCGGCAGGAGUUUGUCCGCUUCGACAGCGACCGCGGGGAAUACGAGGCCGUCACGCCGCUCGGGGAGCCCAUCGCCCGAUACUGGAACAGCCAGAAGGGGAUCCUGGAGCGCAAGCGGAGCGAAGUGGAUUACUUUUGCAGCCACAACUACGGCAUCUACGAGCCCUUGGCCCGAGAGCGUCGCGUUCAGCCCAAGGUGAAAAUCGCCCCCUCCAGCUACGACUCCUCCUCUCACCACACUUUGCUGAUUUGCAACGUGGACGGAUUCUGGCCCUCCCAAAUUGAAAUCAAGUGGUUCCGAAACGGGAAGGAGGAAGACGAGGCCCGAGUGUUCACCACGGACCUGAUCCGGAACGGGGACUGGACCUUCCAGAUGGCGGUGAUGCUGGAGACGUCUUCUCUCUCUGCAGAGCCACAGUCGGAGUCAGCCAGGAGCAAGAUGUGGACAGGGGUGGCUGGCAUUGUGCUGGGGCUGGUCUUUCUGGCUCCCGGCCUCGUCCUCUACCUGAAGAAUAAGAAAGGGCAAAGAGUUAUUCCUCAGCCACCAGUGGCGCUCCUGCGUUAAACCUCCCUUCCUCCCUGAGAUCCCACCACGGAGCUGAGCUUUUAUCUCUCCUCUCGCUGGCCUGCCUUUCCUCCCUGGAAUGCUGGAAACUCUGGAGAAAGAGCCGCCCAAAGACAGAAACUGCCUGCUAAUCUUUUUCCCCCUUCAUUCCUGGGUAGGGGAGAUUAAGAAGAAGAAGGAAACCAGACCUAUUUCUUGAUCUUUUUGAGGCGUUACUGUGUCCACUGAACCUUCACACAUCACCUGCCUGGGAUGGCCAUGUGAUUCCCCCUGGAUCUUCCUGCUCGAAAUUGACUUGUUCACACAGACCGGGUGGAAACGUCUUUUAAUUUUAAAAGGCAGCCUCCUUUUGGACAGAAGCUUCGUCAUGACUUGCAAUCCAUGGCAUGUCUUGAAAUAAUAAGUAAUUAUGGUCAAUUCAAUACAUCAAGUAGAGCAAUACAGAGGCAGGUGCCCCCCAUGACCUCAGCUCUUCCUCCUCCUGUGUCACUAAUGCAAGAUCUCAAAAGAGCUAUCCAUAUCGAUAGGGAUCCUUUAAAAACCCCUGGACCCUGGACUUGGGCAGAAGUGGAAUCUGAGAUUUAACACUGAAGUUUAAUUUCAAUAUUCCCGAUGAGGAAUGAAACCAGCUGGUGACACAAUCUCUCCUUUAUAGCAGGUGCACUGAUUCAGUGUACAAACAGAACUUACUCGGAAGGGAUUUCAGCCUGUCUGCUUCUCCAGCAUUAGCAAUAAUGAGGAUGAUGCUGUUUCUUAGAGAGCUGGAGGGAACCAAGCUGGGGGAAGCGUCUUCACAAACUGCCCAGAAAUGGCCCAGCUCCUUGACUCCAGGGCUAUCCUGGUAGAAGUCCCAGCCACAGAGCUGUGAAGCCCACAGGCUGACCUUAGGCAUGUCUCUCUCGGUCAGGCUGGGGCUUCUCACAAGGGGUUGUUUUUAGGAUGAAGUACUUCUUUGUUUCUGGUUCAAAGGAGGGAGGGGGGUUUAGAGGGGAAUUUGUCAGGGACCGUCUGUCCUCCUCCCAGUCCCCCUGGAUGAGGUGAGAUGAACCUGGGAUCCAGAAGUUGCCCCUACAGGACAGAGGUUGUUGCAUCUCCAGCUCUCCCUUUCCUGGAGGAGACAGGCGUGCAUUUAGAGACGGAUGCUGGUGAUUCCAAUAUACCCUCCCCUUCCCAGGCCCUGCUGACUAUAUUUACUUCUUCUUUGUGAUUUAUUAGUAAUAUUGUCAAUUUGCAAAUAUUUUUCUGAGAAAAUAAAUCUUCUCAUUGUGCUUCA